AGGAGGAGGAGAUGUUAUGAGGUUCAAGAUGUCUGAUUUUAAGGUGCUUGAUCGUGUCAGUAUUGGCCUUGGUGGCCGGGCGGAUGAGGUGGUUUUCGAAGCAAUAGUAAAGGAUUCUAAUAGCCCUUUGCAUAACAUUAAAGUUGUGCUUAGGAAACUUGUCAGUACUCAAGCAAAACGUAGAGGAAUGCGAGCAAUAGAGGUAUUGAAGAAGCUGGUUCGCCGUAAACUUAUGUACCAUUCUUAUUCGAUGCAAGUUUAUGGUUAUAUUUCUUCACCUACUAGUGGCCGUGGUUCGUUUACUCUGGUACAUGGGUAUCAUGGUAGUUUUUCUUUGAGACAUUGGCUUCAACAAUCAGAUUGGCUUCCUACCUUGGAAGCCACUCUGGCAUUGGAUGAGGAAUCUGUCAGGAGGGUGGGAGAUGACACGGUUGGAGGACCUGCUGUCUCUCGGCAGUUGCGAAUAACACGCAUAUUGAUGAGGGAUCUCUUGAUUGGAGUGAACUACUUGCACAGUCAUGGACUUGCACAUACAGAGUUGAGGCUGGAGAAUGUGCAUAUAAGCCCAGUGGAUAGGCAUAUUAAAGUAGGGAUACUAGGGAAUGCUGCCGACUUUUACGAGGAUGGUCCAAAUAGUAGCACACUGGACAUGGACAGACGGCAGAUGAUGAUUGCAUUUGACAUGAGAUGUGUAGGAUUUAUGAUGGCAAAAAUGGUGCUGCGGGAACUCAUGGAUCCAUUAAAUUUCUUGAAGUUCAAAUCAUUCCUCAUGAAGGGGAAUGAUCCUUCAUGCUUGCGUGAAUUUUUAUUGCAAAUCCUCAGUAGGAAUUCUCCAUCUGGAAAUGUUGGACUCCAAAUACUCGAUCGGAACUGGGGUGCCGGUUGGAACCUUUUAUCCUUGUUAUUGGCAACCAAACCUUCCAAAAGAAUAAGUUGUUUGGAUGCCCUCAGGCAUCCAUUUCUGUGUGGACCAAGAUGGCGGGUGGCGCCAUCCAUGGAUAUCAUCAGAUGGGGUCUUGGCUCAACUGCAGUUCGAAUUACGGAGGAAUACAUUUAUAAGCAGCCCCAGCGUAAUAGGCUUUCCUAUUUUAUCGAAUUGAUGGAGAUGCUGAAUGCUCAUUCAAGGCCAAAGAACUGGUUGGAGUUGCUUCCAGGAAAAUGGCGUCUGUUAUACUGUACCGGGAGACAAAUAGGAUUGACCCUUCGUCAGCCUUCUGCUCGUGUCCUGAUUGGUGACGUUUAUCUAACUAUAAAUAGAGCAUCCAAAUUAAAUACUAGUAUUUCCUUCACAUCGGACAUUGGCUUCACGGUCAUGAAUGGUCGAGACUGGCCUCAUGACAAAAGUGGCGUAACUGGGAAAUUGGAAGUAAACUCUUUAUUCCGGUUGACAUCCGGGAGACGGUUGUAUCUUAAGGAGGAAAAGACAUCAGAGAAGUUAUCCUUUGGGCAACCAAACAAUCAAGAUUCUUUAGCCCAGAAAUUAUCAGCUAAAAAAUGGAGGAAACUUGUCCCGUAUAAGGAGUUUCCAUCGAGCCUUCCAGUGGCCAAACUUGUUGCAGCUGACAUUGAGGUGACAAUGAGUCUCGGGGACAACCUUAAUCAAAAUGAUGUUACACCAAGCAGUAUAGUUCAAGAAAUUCGUGUGCAAGUGCCACCUGAGAUGUUUGAUUUGUCUAGGCUCGUCUGUGGAACAUAUGUGGAUUCCAGACUGCUAGUCCUGCGCGGGGUCAAUGGAUCAGCUCUCUUAUUUACAAGAUCUAUGUGUUGAUGAAACCUGUAGAUAGCCAUUGCGCGCAAGUACUGUAGAUAGAAAUUGCUGUUGUGUUCUAGCUCGUGUAAUUUGUACAGUCGAUUAAUUGAUGAAGAUCAACCUUUUCCAAA